UCAAAGAUGGUUGCCUUCAUGCCGUAAAAAGUCGCUACGUGAAGGCAGUUAUUUCUACGGUUAAAUUUGAGUUUUGAUUGGUAAUUGAGAGUGUAUAAAAAUGGGGGAUCAAGACAGAGACGUUGACUGCUCCAACGCGGCCCGAGGCGUGUGGCUCGUAAAGGUGCCGAAAUACAUCGCUUCUAGAUGGAGCAAAGCACCCCCCUUGUCUGAGGCUGGGCGGCUGAAAAUCACGAAGGGAGCAAACGGCGAAUCAGAUAUUCGCUUCACACUAAGCGAUGAAUGUGUCAACAUGAAAGCAGCAGACAAGUCAUCUAUACCAAAAGAACAUCAUUUCAUCAUCUCCAACAUAGCCAACCAGAACUUAGCCGUUUUCGCACAGAACAAAGUGGCGGAAGAUGGUACAGAGCAUUCCUCUGGUAAGGUUUACCUGGAAGGCCAUGUUGUACAGAAAGGUGAAUGCAGACCCCUGGGAGAUGACCACUACAUGCAACUGAAAAGGCAAACUAUUCUGAAGGCUAGCCAACAUGUGCGUCAAGUGAAGCAGUUAAACCGAAUUGUGCAGAACUACAAGCCUGUGGCGAACCAUGCGUUCAAUGGAGGACCGGCACUUCUGGGCCGAGAGUGGUUACAGCACGUGUGCCUCGACUGGAACGCGGUAUUCUCUUGCAUUAAGCUCUGUUCGGCACGGGAGCCGACAAACAAGGAAGCAAAAGCAGAGGUUAGCAAGCUUUUGGAGAAGUACAGUAACCUUUUCAAGGAAGAAUUGGGAUGCAUCACAGAGAAGGCAGAACUUUUUCUCAAAAGGGACGCUCGUCCGAAGUUUUUGAAGGCACGCAGUGUGCCUUCCGCACUGCUUCCAGCAGUGGAAAAAGAGCUUGCCAAAACGCAGUGA